AUGGGCGACUCGCACGGCCUGGUGAGCGAAAAGACGGCCAUCGGCUCCUCCAUGGCUCCCCAGAGCUCCAGACCGGCCAACGGGUCCGUCUAUCUCCAGGCCUCUGGCAGCAAUGGCAAUGUCGUGCUCGUGCGUCGGCUGAGGCGCAAGGACGAAGGGCUGUGGAAACCCCUCGCUCGUUGGUUCGUCGAGAACCAGGUCGGCCUCUCUCUCAACCUGCUCGCUCUUCUCUUCCUGUCCCACGCCUGCAUCCCCAAAGCCAGGGAUUACACGACCAAGUUCUUCCAUCUGUCGUACUAUAAUGACAAGACGGGCAAGUACGCCACCGGAUUCGACGACGGCUACCUGAUUGCCUUCUUCAUCGUCCUUUUCACCGGGCUGCGAGCCGGCACGAUGGAGUAUAUCCUGGCGCCGCUGGGUCGGCUCAAUGGAAUUAGCAAGCGAAAGGACGUGACGCGGUUCAGCGAGCAAGCCUGGCUACUGGUCUACUACGCCGUUUUCUGGCCUAUGGGAGUGUAUCUGUACUACAACUCGCCUGCGUACUUGAACAUGAGGGAGCUGUGGACGGACUGGCCGAACCGGGAGAUGGGUGGUCUGAUGAAGUGGUACAUGCUUGCCCAGUGGGCAUUCUGGCUGCAGCAAAUUGUGGUCAUCAACAUUGAGGACCGUCGAAAGGACCACUGGCAGAUGUUCAGCCACCACCUCAUCACGACGGCGCUGAUCUCCUCGUGCUACUGCUACCACCAUACCCGAGUGGGCAUGUUUAUCCUGGUGAUUAUGGACGUGGUGGACCUGUUUCUUCCGCUUGCCAAAUGUCUCAAGUACUGCGGUUUCUCCACGCUGUGCGACGUGACCUUUGGCCUCUUCAUGGUGACCUGGUUCAUCGCGCGACACGUCCUCUACCUGACGGUCUGCUGGUCCAUCUACGCCCACACCCCUGAGAUCAUGCCCAAUGGAUGCUUCAUCGGACCAAAUUCGUCGCUGCAGGGACCCUUUGAAGCCCCCGCCGGGUUCUCGUACCUGAUCGAGCCCUACUUCAACUCGACGGGCCGCGUGUGCUUCAACGAGACGGUCAAGUGGGCCUUCCUCACGCCCCUCCUUCUGCUGCAAGGCCUUACGGUUGUCUGGUUCUUCAUGAUUGUCCGCGUUGCCAUCAAGGUGCUCCGCGGAGACGGCGCAGAGGAUACCCGAAGCGACGACGAGGCCGAGGAGGGAGAGGACGAAGAGGAGCUCAUCUACGAGGAGGUGCAGCCGCUGGAGCAGGAGGUGGGCGUGGAAGAGCUGGACCUCAAGAGCUGGGAGCGACGCAACGGGCUUAAGAAGCAGGCUUCCGCCAGUGGUGUCAGCCUCCCGGGACACAGCGAUCGCAAGGAGCUCCUCGGCCGCAUUGGCUGCGAGAAGCAGGUGGAAUAA